AUGUCGCGUUACCGAGGGCCUCGUUUCAAAAAAAUACGCCGUCUGGGGGCUUUACCGGGACUAACUAGUAAAAGGCCUAGAGCCGGAAGUGAUCUUAGAAACCAAUCGCGUUCCGGGAAAAGAUCUCAAUAUCGUAUUCGUCUAGAAGAAAAACAAAAAUUGCGUUUUCAUUAUGGUCUUACAGAACGCCAAUUACUUAACUAUGUUCGUAUCGCCGGAAAAGCCAAAGGGGCAACAGGUCGGGUUUUACUCCAAUUACUUGAAAUGCGUUUGGAUAACAUCCUUUUUCGAUUGGGUAUGGCUUCGACUAUUCCUGGAGCCCGCCAAUUAGUUAAUCGUUGA